AAUAAUUUUGCCAAUGUAAAACCCGAUCCGAUCGACGCUCCCAACUGCGAGUCUGCGACCUGAACAACUCCCCGACCCUAAACGACGGGGAUGAAGACGACCAAGCACGCCCGCCGCCGCCUACUCCCACCGCUGAUCUCCGUUUGCGCCUCCCUUUGGUGGCUUUCCACCGUUGCUUCUGUAGCGGCUACUUCCGAUGAGUUCCCUAGGGAUGGCACCGUCAUCGAACUCGACGACAAGAACUUCGACCGCGCGAUCUCCUCCUUCGACCAUAUCCUAGUCGAUUUUUAUGCCCCCUGGUGUGGACACUGCAAGAGGCUUGCUCCUGAGUUGGAUGCGGCUGCUCUAGUGCUGGCUCGGCUAAAUGAACCAAUAGUGAUUGCUAAGAUAAAUGCUGACAAAUACAGAAAACUUGCUUCCAAAUACGACAUAGAUGGCUUUCCUACAAUGAAGGUUUUUAUGUAUGGAGUGCCUAUGGAGUACACUGGCCCAAGGAAAGCUGACUUGCUUGUGCUAUUUCUAAAGAAGUUUGUUGCUCCUGAUGUUUCAUUCCUUGAAUCUGAUAAUGCAGUCCGUAACUUUGUUCAAAUGACUGGUUCCGAUUUCCCUUUGUUUAUCGGCUUUGGAUUGGAUGAAUCUGUUAUUCUGGAACUCGCCCGCAAGUACAAGAGAAAGGCCUGGUUUUCCAUAGCAAAAGAUUUCUCUGAGGAAAUGAUGGUAGCAUACGAUUUUGACAAAGUUCCAGCAUUGGUAUCUCUUCAUCCCAAAUAUAAUGAACAAGGAGUUUUCUAUGGCCCGUUUGAAGGGGAAUUCUUGGAAGAUUUUAUACGGCAAAACCAGCUGCCUCUUAUUGUUCCUAUUAACUUUCAAACACUCAAGUUAGUGAAUGAUGAUGAGAGGAAAAUCGUGUUGACAGUUGUGGAGGAUGAGUUAGAUGAAAAUUCACUAAAAUUGGUCAAAACAUUGAGGUCUGCUGCCAAUGCUAAUCGAGAUUUAAUAUUUGGUUAUGUCGGGUUAAAGCAAUGGGGAGAUUUUGUUGAUUCAUUUGAUGUCAGUAAGAGCUCAAAACUUCCGAAGCUUCUUGUUUGGGAUGGAAAUGAGGAAUACCACGUGGUUGUUGGCUCAGAAACCCUAGAUGAUGAUGAUCAAGGUUCUCAGAUAAGUCGUUUCCUUGAAGGAUAUAGAGAAGGAAGAACGAUAAAAAAGAAGAUUGGUGGCCCUUCAUUCAUUGGCUUCAUUAACUCGUUGAUCGGCAUUAGGACAGUCUACCUCAUUGUAUUCAUAGUUGUUAUCAUCAUGGCUGUUCGAAACUUUAGUCAAAGUGAAGAUACCCCGCCAACCCAACCAUAUCACGCAGCUGAAGGAACAGAAGCAAGCAUUUCCGAGACCGAAAGUAGUAGAAGCUAUCAACCAGGUGACAAGGAAGAUUGAAAUGGUGGCCAUUUCAAUAGUUUGUUACAUCAUUCCUUAUUUCCCAACGUAAGACUCGCUUUAGUUCUUCCUGAGACUUAAUGAUAGAAAUCUAUAGUUUAUCAGCAGUCAUUUUGCUUUAGAUUAUUUAUACAAAAGAAUAGAUUUACUGAAUAAUUAGUGGUUUUGGGGGGUAUUAUAUCAACUUUUUAAAACAAA